AUGAAUCCAUUCAUUAAAAAUUAAAGGAUUAGAAUAGAAAUGGUUAAGAAAAUAAAAGCAAUCUAUUUUUUUAAAAUAUCAAAAGUAAAAAACAUGAAAGUUUGAAUACUUAAUCUUAAACAUGUAAGUUGUUCAUUUAUAAACUUAUUAAGUCAAUUACUAUAUGAAGAGUAAAGAGUUGGAACUGCUAAAGCUAUAUUCACAAUGGUAGAUGAUGAUAUUAUUGAAAUGACUUAAAGAAAAUUGAAUCCUUAAUAAGGCUUUAUCUAAGGAUUGAUAAAAAUUUAAUGA